AUGUUAAUAUCAAUGAAUGUUCGAUCAAUAUUGGGUGAUUUGUAUGAUCAGUCUUUUGAUUCAUCAUGGUGUAUUUUUUCAGGAUAUUUAGCUUCUGUGAUGCUUGGUAUGUUGUACAUGACCUUUGUAAAUCAGGCAUUCUAUCGUCUUAUUCGAAUUGCUUAUUUUCAAAAUGGACGAUUUCAAUCUUUAAAAUUAUAUAUAAUGUUACCUAUUAUAGAAAUAUUAAUGCUAACAUCUAUUUCUCUAUGUGUUUUUAUACCUUUGAAUGAAAUGAUAUAUUUACCAAAUGAUUACUUUUGUACUAUAUCAUUCACAAAUAUUCCUGGUGUUCUUUCGUCAGCGUUUGUUGUCUAUAUGUGUCCAUUUUGUUGUUUAUUAUUCAUUUAUAUACAUAUAACAAGAUUUAUUCAUCAGCAAGGAAAUACGCAAACAUUAGUAAUCAAACAAAGACAAGUUCGCGAUUUACUUAUUAUUCGACGUAUUUUAAUUAUUGUUAGUUUACUGCUUAUUCUUGGAAUGCCUGGAUUUGUUCUUGUAAUUAUGUUCAUAAUAACAGGUGAAGAACAUCCAUUACUUGUUCGAAUUUCAUACUUUCCAGUCAGCAUAUCUCAAAUGGGACUGAGUGUAGCAUUACUUUUUUCUAUUCCACAACUAAAAAAUAUUUUUCUGAACUUACGCAUAAUAAGCACAGUGAUGCCUGUCAAUCGAGCUGUACAAGGCACAAUACAAAUGAGAACGAUUGUCGGUACUUAA